AUGUUCGCAAAUGACUACAUCAAAAAUCUGAAUUUGGGGAAUAUCAAAGAAAUUGAUGAGUAUUGUUUUGGGAGUGCACUUGAGGAAGUCACAAUUCCAACAACACUCACAAAAAUAGGUCACAAUUUAUUCACAAAAUGUAAUAAUUUAAGAAAAGUUGAUUUGUGUGGUAAAGGGAGUUUUAGUGGGGAAGUGACUUUUGAGGAGAAGAAGAAACUUGAGAAAUGCGGUGUUCAUUGUGACAAAGUUGUUUUUACAUAUAAAGAUUACUCACAGAUGAAAUUUGUGACCACUUGUGAUGUACUUUCGUUAUCGGGAGGAAACAACUUAAUACAAUCACUUCCUUCAAUUGUGAUCCCAGACACUAUACAAGUCAUUUUCAACAACUGUUUUGCGAAUUGUAUGUAUCUUGAAGAAAUUGUGUUGCCUUCUAAACUCACUGAAAUUUGCAAUUUUGCGUUUUUUAAAUGUUAUUCACUCAACAAAAUUGUGUUACCAACACAUUUGCAAAAUAUUGGGAAGUCUGCAUUCAUGUUUUGUGCUUCUUUAAAAGACAUAGACAUUCCAUCAAGUGUCACUUUCAUUGGAAAAUCCGCGUUUGAGGGGUGCAUCAAACUACAAAAAGUUGUAUCUCCAAUUAUUGUUUUCAAUUCACCAAAAGUGUUCAAAAGGUGUUGUUCACUCACUAAAAUUGAUGUCUUACAUUCGAGAGAAAUGAACAUAACAAUGAAGAAAACUUUUAAAUAUUGCUAUCAAUUGUCUUCAAUAGACAUUCCAAAGAGUGUCAUCAAAAUAGGAGAUUACACAUUUAAAAACAUGUAUUGGUUAGAUGAAAUAUCAGUACCACAAAAUGUUGUCUUGAUUGGUAAUAAAGCGUUUUUACAUUGCAAUUUACUCACUCAAAUAGUCUUUGGACAUUCACUGCAAGAAAUUGGCGCGUUUUGUUUUAAAAAUUGCAGCAAAUUGGAACAACUUGAUUUUCCAAAGUCGCUCACUUUUAUUAAGAAAAACGCCUUCAUACAUUGCGACAAAUUAAGUUGUCUGCAUUUUGAAGGAAAGUUUCCAAAAUGCCAAAUUGACACUUUUAACAGUUGUAAUAACUUGAAGAAUAUAACGGUUGAAGGUAAUAAGAUCAAUGAAAUAGAACAACCAGUCACUUUCACAAUUGCAGACAAUUUUGAAAAACACCAAAUUCACUGCAAGAAUGUAAUUUUUACAAAAAGUGAUAUUCAAAAGAAUUUAAAAAUUGUCAAUUUUAACGGAACAACAAUCGGAAAAAUUCCACUUAAUGUAACCAAAGUUGGUGAUGGUUGUUUUAGAAAUUUUAAAAACACAAAUUGCAUUGAAAUACACAAAAAUAUAAAAAGUAUUGGAAGACUGUGUUUUUGUCAAUCGUUGACUCGAGAAAAUGUGAUGUUUGAAGACGCAGACAAUGUCAUUAUUUCUGAAAACGCAUUUGAUAAUUAA